AUGGAUCACGGUGUCUGUACGCCUCCACAGCAGCCCAGCAUGACGCCCAUUGUGUAUGUACAAGCCACUCAGCCAAGCCCGGUGGCCUACUACGCUGCAGAGCCGAUCAUUGAUCAACAGUCUAUACAAGCGCUGCAGCAACACCAAGUCUCGCUUGUGUACCCCGGCACCGCAGCACCGCAGCGCAUCCACGCACCACAUCAGCCCACAAUCAUUCCUGAGACCUAUGCUUCCGAGGCGGCUCCUUUCUUCGCUUACCAGUCGACGCUAAAGGAAGCAAGCUGCAACACUGGCAGCUUAGUGUGCCUCGUUCCCACCGUCACCGCCAGUAGCUCGCAGCAGCUGUCCAUGCUGAUGCAGUCGCUUAGCUCCAACUCCCCCAGCUUCCACAGCGACCUGUCUUUGCGCACUCAGGAAACGUGCUCCACCCCACAAAUGAUACAGCAGAUGCUGACAACAGAGUAUGUGCAGCCCGCAAUGGAGGCGCACGGGUCUCUGUCGCAGUCCGCUAUCGACCCUUUCACCAAGUCACCUUUGCUAAGCUCUUCUGAGGUGUGCCGUCACUACAUCAACGGUCGCUGCAACCGCCGCAAGUGCCGUUUUCUCCAUCCUGACCUGCGUAGCCCAAUUAUGACGCCCCACGUGAUGUAUAUUGCCCCUGACGCAGCAUCAAUCAUUAGCAAUCAGUCGGUUCCCCAAGUGUCGCCGUUGACGCCAUACCCCAGUCUUUCAACGCCUUCGCUGAGCGCUUUCCAUGUUCCCGCGCUCACUUCAUGGGAAACCUGUCCGCUCUGA